CCCGCCGUCACUUCUGCUGUCUUGUGUAUGGGUAAAGUUAAAAAAGGGUUUUCACAUAGAGUUUACUUUGAGAUAUCUUUCUUUCUUUAGACGUUUGUGACUGGCCAAUGAUGCCUUCCACUCAUGACUGGAUUAAUAACCCUCUGGGGGUUGUUGAAGGGAUGUUUGCUGCUUCCCAGAACAAUUCAAACUCUGCAUGGGAAGCCAAAGUGGUUGAAUUCUUCAAAGAUCGAUUGAAAGAGGAUGGGGCUCAUACCUGGGUCCCAUCUUUGAACGAUGUCCCCCUGCACUACCUGAAGCCAAACAGCCUGGUGAAGUUUCGCUGUUUAAUCCAAGACAUGUUUGAUCCAGAGUUCUACAUGGGAGUGUAUGAGACUGUUGAUCUGCCUACACAGGCUAAAGUGCUGCGAUGUGGGAAGUACAAAGAUGUGACAGAAUGCGGGGUGGAUUUUAACUCUAGAAACACUGUGACUGCAGAGCGACAGACCUUCUAUUGUGUGCCAAUCCCUGGGGAAAAUCCCUGGGUCAAAGAGAGCUAUGCCAGCUCCAGCCAAGCAAGGGUGGUUCCUUCCACGUCGUAUGUGCCAAGCAGACAGAAACGCAGCUAUGAGGAAGAUGACGAGAUGGACGUGCAGCCGCAGAAACAGGGGGAGCAACAUACUGGUCCUCAUAGUCCCUCAGAACAGCACAGCAAUGGCGACUGUAAGCGGCAGGAGACUGAAGCUCCUUCCAGCCAGACAGCAUCUCCCUCCCAUCUCAACCUCAACUUUCCCCUGCCAGGAGAGAAAGGCCCCUCCUGUCUAGUGAAGGUGUACGAGAACUGGGACAGCUUCAAACUGAACGACACACUAGAGAUCUAUGGGGUCCUCUCUGUCAGCCCUGCCCUCAGCGCUCUAGCUGACGAGAAAGACGCCUCCUCAUCCCUCUUGGACCCUACAGAGUGCAUGGAGACUGCAGAGGAACAGAGAGUGCACAGUCCACCGGCCUCACUUGUCCCUCGCCUCCACAUGAUUCAUGCAAAGCCACUGCGACACAACAACCCCCUACUGCCCUCUGUCAUCUUGGAGGACAACAGUGCCUUUUUAUCCUCAACCCUGAGUAAGAUGGCCUCUGUCAGGGCAGAGCUACUCACAUACUUCACUCAUGUGCUUCUGGGAGAUGCCCUGGCUGCUGAGUACCUCAUCCUGCAUCUCAUUUCUACCGUGUACGCUAGACGAGACAUUCUCCCACUGGGCAAGUUCACCUUGAACCUGAGUGGCUGCCCUGCUGUCGCCUCCUACACCGAACGCCUCUACCAGAUCAUCCAACAGCUCGUUCCUUCUUCAUAUUACCUGGGCAUGAGCCUUCAGAACAUGAACCAGAUGUGCCUGGUGCCUAAGAAGGACUAUGUGGCCAACCGGCUAGUGAGUGGAGCCUUGCAGCUGGCCAGAAACACUUCGCUCUUCCUGGAUGAAACUCAACUGGAGCAAGGACAACUAGACACAACAGGUGUGCGUAAUGUCACAGCCCUGGGAAACCUGAUCUCAUGGCAGAAGGUUGAUUAUGACUUUAACUACCACCAGAUGGAAUUCCCCUGCAAUAUUAACGUGCUCAUUGCGUCAGAGGGCCGCUCACUGCUGCCGUCAGACUGUCGAAUACACCUGCAGCCUCAGGUUGCCCCACCCCACCUGGAGGAGUAUCUCAGCAGCAUCGUCCUGCAUCCGCAGCCGUCUUCACAACUGAAUAAGUUCAGAUCCUACCUGAGUGUGGCUCAGCUGCUGGACUACAGUAUUUCUGAUGAGGUUACCAAGUCAGUUGAGGAUGACUUUGUAGAUAUGAGGAAGGAUGACCCACAGAGCAUAUCUGCCGAGGACCUCCACAGGAUGCUCGUCGUGGCGAGGUUGCUGUCUCUGAGCCUGGGACAGACCUCUCUGUCCAUAGACGGUUGGCUGAGAGCCAAGCACAUCGAGAUGCUGCGGAGGAGUCGGAUGGAGCAGCAUAAGUGUGUCAACGGCAACGAGCCGUGAUCACACAGAGACUGAGAUCAUCAUUUCUCUUUGGAUACCUAAAAUGAGUUUGUAAUAAAGUUGCAUUUCAUACUUCA